CCUACAACUUAAUAAACAAUAAGAUUUAUUUAAUGUUUUUUAAAUCAUAAUAUUUUUAUUAGUGCAAGUUCUGUGAUAGUUUAAUAAAUUUAAAAUCAAAACAGACUUUUAUUUUAAAUUAUAUAUGGCUAACCUAUAAAAGUGCAUAAAUGCGAUAAAUGAAAGUGCGACAUUUUUUUGCGGGUAUCCUUAUAGGCAUUCCUAUUGGGAUCACCUUUUUGGAUACAGUUGGUUAUAUAGCUAAAGUAGAAGGAGUUUCUAUGCAACCAACUUUGAAUCCAGAUGAGAGGAAUCCAGAUUAUGUUUUUUUGAAUCGCCGAGCAAUUCGCACCCAAGAUAUUCAACGCGGUGAAAUAGUAACCGUUAAAUCUCCAAAAACUCCAGAACAAAUUUUGAUUAAACGUGUUGUGGGACUUUCUGGAGAUAUAGUACGCACACAUGGGUAUAAAUCAGAUAUUUUUCAGGUACCAGAAGGUCAUUGUUGGGUAGAGGGAGAUCAUAUUGGACGAUCUAUGGAUUCUAAUACUUUUGGACCUGUUUCUCUUGGAUUAAUAACAGCAAAAGCUACUUCCAUAGUCUGGCCACCUAGCCGUUGGCAAUAUCUUUAUCCUUCCAUGUCAAAUCACAAUUUUCCAUUAAAUUCACCAAGAAUACCAAGAUAA